UGUAUUAGUCAGGGUUCUCGAUUGCAAGCACUCUGACUUUCUUCGGCAAAAAGGAAAUUUUUGAAAGGACGUCGGGUUCACAGCAUCAUUGUGGAGCUAGAGGGUCUAUCUUGGAAAAUGGAACCAACCAAGGGCACUUCAGAAGGAUGGACAGCAGGAAUCACUGCUGAGGCCAGGAUGCAGGAGUAAACGUGUUGGACGCACAGCUCUUGCUGCCUCUCACAGAUAUGCCGGCCUAUGGGAAGAUCUGAGCUGGAGGAAGGCGCACCUUGGAGUGGUGUGAAUCAGGCAUCAGGAACUCCUGUGCUCACAGCGUGUCCAGCUCUCCCUCAGCAUUUUGGCCGUCCACAGAAUUCUUUGUUCAGGCCCAAUCUAUCCUCCUGGGACAUCUGAGCUGCUCAGCACCAGGAAACAGCCUCUGUCGUGCACAGGCCAUCAGCUUUGCAAAUAAUCCAGUUACAUUCCCAUGGGCAGCUGGCGUCACACUUUUUGUCCCCGUACAAUUUUGAGUGGAGCCUAAUCACAAUCCCUGAGGAGGAGGAACUAUUAACCCUCAUUUUGCAGAUGAGGAAUUUGAAAACAAAGAGAGAUUAAGUAGUUUGCCUAGAAGCACAGCUGGUGAAUGCUGGAGAAACUAUGAAGCAGAGCAGGACGGAGGUGUGAACUUGAGCCAGACCAGAAGGAGCUCCAGAGCGGCCGCAGGACAAGUCCGAGGAGCAGGCGGGUGCUCCAGGGAAAAACCACACACAGAACCUUCUUCGGAGAAAAGGGAAGCAGCAAACCUGACUGAGACAAACGGAGGCUUUUGAAAUAAAAAGAAAACACCGCAGGACGAACAGCCUCCCGUCCCAGGCGCAGGUCGCAGUCACAGUGGUGACCUGGGAUUGCUUUCCCGGGACUGUGAGUCGGGUUUGGGUUUCUCCUCCCUGCAUUCCACAGCUGCUCUGGUCAUCGCAGCGUGUUUAUUGAUCACUGAAGAAUCUCAAGUUUUGAGACAAGGAAGAAACACCCAUUAGAUCUCCAAAACAGCUGCGUUUCACAAACUUUAAGGAGACAGAACUUUUUUUUUUCUCCCUGGAACCUGUGAAAAUGUCCCUUUUCCAAGGAAGUGAAGGUUAAGAGGUCCCGUUCUCACAGACCCUCAGGAAUUUCACUUGGCUCUGAGCUUUGACCUCCCAGAAAGCCAUGGCAAAGCUGCUGCGGCUGUGCUGCUGGUACUCCCGCCUGCUGCUAUUUUAUUACAACUUUCAGGUGCGUGGCGUCUACUCCAGAUCGCAGGACCAUCCAGGAUUUCAGGUCUUGGCGUCUGCUUCCCAUUACUGGCCACUGGAGAAUGUGGAUGGGAUCCAUGAACUUCAGGAUACAACUGGAGGUACAGACACAGAUAUUGUGGAAGGGAAGGUCAACAAAGGCAUUUACCUGAAAGAGGAAAAGGGAGUCACGCUUCUCUAUUAUGGCAGGUACAACAGCUCCUGCAUUAGCAAGCCAGAGCAGUGUGGCCCUGAAGGGGUCACAUUUUCUUUCUUCUGGAAGACACAAGGAGAACAGUCUAGACCAGUCCCUUCUGCGUAUGGGGGACAGGUCAUCUCCAAUGGGUUCAAAGUCUGCUCCAGCGACGGCAGAGGCUCCGUGGAGCUGUACACGCGGGACAAUUCCAUGACAUGGGAGGCCUCCUUCAGCCCUCCAGGCCCCUAUUGGACUCAUGUCCUAUUUACAUGGAAAUCCAAGGAAGGCCUGAAAGUCUACGUCAACGGGACCCUGAACACCUCUGACCCGAGUGGAAAAGUGUCUCGGGACUAUGGAGAGUCCAACGUCAACCUCGUGAUAGGUUCUGAGCAGGAUCAGGCCAAGUGUUAUGAGAACGGCGCUUUCGAUGAGUUCAUCAUCUGGGAGCGGGCCCUGACUCCGGAUGAGAUCGCCAUGUACUUCACUGCUGCCAUUGGAAAGCAUGCUUUAUUGUCUUCAACGCUGCCAAGCCUCUCCGUGACACCCACAGCAAGCCCCAUGAUGCCCACAGAUGCCUACCAUUCCAUCAUAACCAACCUGACAGAGGAGAGAAAAACCUUCCAAAGCCCCGGAGUUAUACUGAGUUCCCUCCAAAAUGUAUCCCUCAGCUUACCCAGUAAGUCCCUCUCGGAGCAGACAGCCUUGAAUCUCACCAAGACCUUCUUAAAAGCCGUGGGAGAGGUCCUUCUAUUGCCUGGUUGGAUUGCUGUGUCAGAGGACAGCGCCGUGGUACUGAGUCUCAUCCACACUAUUGACACCGUCAUGGGCCACAUUUCCUACAACCUGCACGCCAGCACGCCCCAGGUCACCAUGGAGGGUUCCUCCACCGUGGCAGAGUUUUCCGUGGCCAAAGUCCUGCCCAAGACCGUGAAUUCCUCGCAUUACCGCUUCCCGGCCCACGGGCAGAGCUUCAUCCAGAUCCCCCACGAGGCCUUCCACAGCCGCGCCUGGACCACCGUCGUGGGUCUGCUGUACCACAGCAUGCACUACUACCUGAACAACAUCUGGCCCGCCCACACCAAGAUCGCGGAGGCCAUGCAUCACCAGGACUGCCUGCUGUUCGCCACCAGCCACCUGAUUUCCCUGGAGUUGACCCCGCCGCCCACCCUCUCUCAGAACCUGUCGGGCUCUCCACUCAUUACGGUCCACCUCAAGCACAGAUUGACACGUAAGCAGCACAGUGAGGCCACCAACAGCAGCAACCGAGUCUUCGUGUACUGCGCCUUCCUGGACUUCAGCUCCGGAGAAGGGGUCUGGUCGAACCAGGGCUGUGCGCUCACGGGAGGAAACCUCACCUACUCCGUCUGCCGCUGCACUCACCUCACCAACUUUGCCAUCCUCAUGCAGGUGGUCCCGCUGGAGCUUGCACGCGGACACCAGGUGGCGCUGUCAUCUAUCAGCUACGUGGGCUGCUCCCUCUCCGUGCUCUGCCUGGUGGCCACGCUGGUCACCUUCGCCGUGCUGUCCUCCGUGAGCACCAUCCGGAACCAGCGCUACCACAUCCACGCCAACCUGUCCUUCGCUGUGCUGGUGGCCCAGGUCCUGCUGCUCAUUAGCUUCCACCUUGAGCCGGGCACGACCCCCUGCCGGGUGAUGGCUGUGCUCCUACACUACUUCUUCCUGAGUGCCUUCGCAUGGAUGCUGGUGGAAGGGCUGCACCUCUACAGCAUGGUGAUCAAGGUCUUUGGGUCGGAGGACAGCAAGCACCGUUACUACUAUGGGAUGGGAUGGGGUUUUCCUCUUCUGAUCUGCAUCAUUUCACUGUCGUUUGCCAUGGACAGUUACGGAACAAGCAACAAUUGCUGGCUGUCGUUGGGGAGUGGCGCCAUCUGGGCCUUUGUAGCCCCUGCACUGUUUGUCAUCGUGGUCAACAUUGGCAUCCUCAUCGCUGUGACCAGAGUCAUCUCACAGAUCAGCGCCGACAACUACAAGAUCCAUGGAGACCCCAGUGCCUUCAAGUUGACAGCCAAGGCGGUGGCCGUGCUGCUGCCCAUCCUGGGCACCUCGUGGGUCUUUGGUGUGCUUGCUGUCAACGGCUGUGCUGUGGUUUUCCAGUACAUGUUCGCCAUGCUCAACUCCCUGCAGGGACUGUUCAUCUUCCUCUUCCAUUGUCUCCUGAAUUCAGAGGUGAGAGCUGCCUUCAAGCACAAAACCAAGGUCUGGUCCCUCACGAGCAGCUCCAGCCGCACGGCCAACGCGAAGCCCUUCCACUCGGACAUCAUGAAUGGAGCCCGGCCAGGCACGGCCUCCACCAAGCUCAGCCCCUGGGACAAGAGCAGCCACUCUGCCCACCGCAUAGACCUGUCAGCUGUGUGAGCCGGGAGGCUGCCAACCAGGCCAGGCUGCACUCAGAAUACCGCCCCCCCAAACGGAAUGAAACGCCGCAUCUUUGCCCGUGGGACCCUCUCCUUGCCGCUGUCUGGACUUGGGUGUUAUGGCCCUGAGAUAGCCGUCCUCCCAUGACUCUGGCUGUCAGAGCACACUGCUGAGCCCAGCAGCCUGAUGCCCAGGCCAGCGUGGGCCCUCCUGCCUCGCGUCCAGCCGUGGGCUGAGUGACUCCCUCUGGGGACUCCCAGGACACAGUGGCCUGACUGUGAUGCUGCCCUUGAGCCUCCCUUCGUCACUGAGCACCAGACCCAGCGAGGCCAGGACACUCAGGGCCUGGUCCCGCAGCCCCAGGAGGGGACGUUCAGCCUCUGUGCCUUGGUGGGACUUGGGGACUCAGGGCCAAAGAGGUGGUUCAGGUCCCCACGCACCCCCAGACAGUCAGUUGCAGGCAGCUGGGGGUGUGUGGGGAAGAGCAUGAGGAGACCCCAGUGUCUGAAUUCACUGGUGAGUUCCCCACAGCCGGUGCCAGCCGUGGUGUCUCCAUAGGUGGUGCCAGCGUGGGCCAACCUGUGCUGUCAUCAGUUUGGGGCCCUGCCCAAGCCGUGGGCGGGAGUGGUGGACUCUCCAGGUGAGGGUGACCCCUCUGCCCUGUCCUUGGGGGGUCCCCUCUGUUCACGUGAAGAGCCAGUCGGGCCUUGAGACCACCUGAUGGUGCCAGUGCUUGGGGAGCUUCUUGGCCAUCCUCUGUGAGUUUUGCCUCUUUGGACCCCAAUUCAGCCUUAAGAUGCCCCCUCCUUCCUUGUGUGCGAGCCUCCUUGGUUGUUCUUGGGCCACAGGAGCCGGUCGUGUCCCUGCAGUGCCUGGUGUCCAGGUGAAAAAUGGAGGGCAUUUUCCAAGACACCACUUUCCCCGGAGCCUUCCUCAUGACUCACAGGCACUCUCCUCAGUUUCUACUGGGCAGACCACGCGGCAGGUAGCACCCUGCGCUCCAUCUGGUCACCACGAGGGUGACCCACGCUGAGUCCCCACUGACCUGCAGAGGGAGGGCUGGCGACAGCCAUGUCGUCUGUGUUGAGGGAAAUUUAGGGACUCAGACUCAGCCCCAGAGGAGAUGGGAUAAUCGUUACGGACCUGUGUGUGGACAUGAUCCUGUGGAACACAGGUUUGGGAUCACAGAUGUGAAUUAAGACACCACUGAGAUACGGGCUAUGAGGUUCAUACUGUGCCGAGAGCACCCGUGGUGUCUGUGAAAUGUGGGUGAGACAUUCAAACCUGGUUUUCAUACUGGAAAGUCUUCCUUUGAAACUGUGACCAUGACUCCAUUCAGCCCCUCCGCAGCCCUGUCUGCCUUGUUGCAUUGUUUCAGUGAGUUUUCUAUGGAGCUUGUGGCCCGUUUGCAUCCCGCCUGGUGGCUUCUUAAUGUAACUCUCCCCUGGUCACCUGGAGCGGACCAGUCGUCUGCAGGCCUCUCCCGCAUGGGGAGGGUGGGCAGGGAGCAGUAUGUCUGCAGGGGUGAACCUUUGCUCUUCUGUCAGGCAAGGCCCGUGCUGCACCAGCCACCUGACACAUGGUGACAGUGCCACGGGCCCUGCGUGUGGCCCCUGCACCCGUGCUGUGGCAGGCACACCUGGCUGCUGCAGGCCAAGGCUGCUGUUCAGCGAAGAGUCCCAUGUUCAGUGUGGACUAAAGUCCCAUGUUUAGCCACUGCCCCAGGCUCCCGUGACCCCAGAAACCACGUCACGUGGACCACGGUGGCAGACCCUCAUCACGCCCGUGAGCACCUAGAAGUGAGAACACUGUAUUCCUACAAUUUACACUUGGAUAUUUUUCCUUAUUUAGUGUCUAGUGAAAGAAAUCAAGUAAGGAACUAUCUUUAGAUGGAAUUAUUUGUUUUUUUUUUUAAUUGUUGCCAUAUUCAUCUAUAUAGCUAAUAUUUUCAAGAUAAGUAAAGAACAAAACCUCUCUAAACCUUUUAUUUCCAAUGAAUGAAAGUCGUGCACUUUAUUUAUAGGCUCUAUGUUUUGGCUUCUGCAGUACUUUUAUUAUCUACACAUAAUUUGGCCAAAAAUAAGAAAUUGGAAAGAAUUACAUGUUUAGUUUAUAGUAGAAGAUGAUGACACUAAGUUGUGAAAAUAUGUUGUGAUUUUUAUGAAAUAAAAUCUUCAUGUCCUUAAAAGAAA